UGAAAAGGGUAAGCGUUGCUUCGAAGCGCCGCAGCACUAGGCAGCGACUUGAUCCUAUACGAUACGAUUCGCCUGCAGCACCCCGGGAGGCGGACGCGGCGGCGGAAGAGACCUUCGAAGGACGUGGAAGCUGGAGUUACGAAGACAAGCGACCGAGACCGUUGUUCCGUGCCGGCAACGACGAGGCGAUCGGGAUGUCCUCGCAUCAGGAUAUAAUGUGUGAGGUGGAGAUACCGGACGCAGGAAUGGUCGAGGUCGUCGAUAGCAGCGGGUUCGGGGCUAGCAUCGACUACGAUCAGUACGAGGUGGGCGUCGGGGAUGGCCACUACGAGGAGGUGACCUGUGAAACGGAGAGCUCGCUGAUGCACCAUCGGAUGCACCCGGACGACGACGAGGAGGAGAUGAUGCACCACGAGGCGGACAUGCAGACGCACGAAGAGGUGCUCGACUCGUCCGGUGAUCCGAUGUGUGUGUACAGUGACAUCAACCUGGAGAACGAGAUCUACAUCGAGUCGACGCCGGGACCAUCGUCGCGGAAGCGGAAAUCCCUCAAACAACCGCGAAGCACGUUCGGUAUGGGCAACCGGAUUCGGGUGAACGAUGGCAACAACCAUAGCAACCACCACAGUCGGCACAGUCUCCACCAAGGCCUGACCGCGGUCGAGCAGCUGGAAGUGAGUACGAAGCGGCGCCGCUGGGAGCAGAAACAGGUGCAGAUCAAGACGAUGGAAGGCGAGUUUAGCGUGACGAUGUGGGCCUCCGGCACGGACGAUGACGAUGGCUCGAACCCGGAACCGGACCCAGACUACACCGAGUACAUGACGGGCGGGACGGGCAAAAAGUCCGACUGCAUACCGGGGAUCGAUCUGUCCGACGCGAAGCAACUGUCCGAAUUUGCCCGCCCGGCGCACAAAACGAAAAGCUCGAGCGGCGGAAAGAUGCUGUCCUCUCCGUCGGCCGGACUCAACGUGAGCAACCUGUCGGGAUCAGACUUGGCGCUGGGCGCUGUGGGCGAUGCCAGGAGCACCAGUGGCAACUCGUCGUCGGAUCUAACCGAACGCAACAUUGCCUGUCCGCACAAAGGGUGCAACAAAAUGUUCCGCGACAAUUCGGCCAUGCGCAAGCACCUGCACACGCACGGGCCGCGCGUGCACGUGUGCGCCGAGUGUGGCAAAUCGUUCGUGGAAAGCUCGAAACUGAAGCGCCACCAGCUGGUGCAUACGGGCGAGAAACCAUUCCAGUGCACGUUCGAGGGCUGCGGGAAGCGGUUUUCGCUCGACUUCAACCUGCGGACGCACGUCCGGAUACACACCGGCGAUCGGCCGUACGUGUGCCCGUUCGAUGGGUGCAACAAAAAGUUUGCCCAAUCGACCAACCUCAAAUCUCACAUCCUCACGCACGCGAAAGCGAAGCGCAACAAUGGCGGCGGUGGCGGCAGCAGUCGGAACAGCAGCAGUAACAGCAACAGCAACAACAGCCACCUGCACCAUCAGCAGCAGCAGCAGCAAGCGGCAGCGGCGUCCUCGCCGCACCACCCGCUGCUGGGGCCACCGUCGUACGUGAAGAUGGAAGCGGUGGAGAUCGAGAACGAUGCCAAUCAGUACAUCAUCUACACGGAUUAAGGGACAG